UGGUUCGGUGGGGGCGAGCAAACGCGUGCGAUCGCACCUCGAUCGCAGAAAGGUCCGUCCGUGGUCGAUGACGACCACGCAUCCAUGAUCGUUGGUGCGACUGCUACGGCAAGGUAUCCGCGGCCCGGUUGACGGGCUUCCAGUGCGAUUGCGUCUGUCGCGCGGUUAAGACGAUUAUCUGAUCUUGAAGGCUGUUUUUUUGGUUUCGUUUUACGGCAUCUCCCACGGUAUUUUCGAAGACGAGUCGAGUGUGGGUCGUUGAGGCGAUCAGCUGAGUCGCUUGGGAGCUUCUUUCUUUCUGCGGUGUGUCGAGCGGUUCGUGGGUUAGUGUUGCGGCUUUGAUGGUGAAGUUUUUGCUUUCGGCUCUCAACGCGGGCGGUAGUUCAAGAAGGAAACCGAAAGUGGUGUACGCCUACGCGCGCUUGCGUUGCCGCGUAGAUUUCGUUCGGUAGAUUCCGAGAUCAAGUGGGUCUACGAGUGGUUGGACCUGGCGCCGUUCGUCUGCCUGAACGUGCAUUGCGGACGAAGUGUUUAUUUUUUUGGACGGAAGAUCCUAGUAAUUUGGAGAGAUACAGAUUGCUGAGGGGGGUUGAAGCGGACCAACCGCGAACUACCCGGAUCGAUUGUUGUUAUUGCUGGACACACGCCAGAUCCGAUCGACCGAAGAAAGCAAAACACGGUUGGUGAAUUAAUAAAUUUACAUACUCAAGUGUGCAGGGCAAAUCCAGAAGAUCGAGACGAAGAAGAGGACGAAGUGGUCGGAAAGUGUUUCAUAUUUCCAUCGCGGGUCCGUCAGUGAUUUGUGCUGUGCUGCUAAGGCGUGGAAGUACACGGGUCUACACAGGAGCAGAUAACUGGUCACCUCGGCGGUUCUCGCAAGUGCAUGUCGAUUGUCGAUCCUGACGCGGAACCGGACCGGACCGAAGACAGUGAAGUGAAGUACCCAGCGGCAGCAGCGCAUAUAAAAGUGGCUAUAAGUUGCAAAAAUUUUAAUAAACAGCGCAUACGAUUAUCUUCGGUUAAUCUGCGGGCGAGGUUUGCGAUCGCUCUCGGGGAAGUCCGGGGAUCGAAGCGACGCGACGGUCGGUGGUCGUCAGCGACCAGCAGAAGAUACUCAGAUGCGUGGCUGGCUGCUGCUGUCGGAAACUGAAGUAGAGUCGUUAAGUGGGCUUCGUGGCCGUGCGGCUAGAGGCGUCAGUCAUCUAGACGUUUCGUAAGCCUUGGAGUGUGGGUUCGAUUCCCGCUCCAGUCGGGGAAAACUUUUCGUCAAACGGAAAAUUCUCCACUGGGCCACUGGGUGUUAUGUGUGUUGUCCGUUGUCAUAUGUUAGUGCUUGUUCAGUCUGUACAACCUCUGGUUGAAGACGGUGUAGUGUCUUUUUUUUUUUUUUUUAAUAAUUUCAAAAGAUCAUUUGCUGGAUUGCGUCUCCCGGGUGGAUCGUACCUACACGUAUAUACGUGCGAAGAGUGACCGUGAAGCGAUAAAACAGGAAAACAAAGAACCAAAAGGAGAAGAAACCGAUAAGCGGAGGUUGUAGUGAAAAAAAAGAGAAUCAAAAUAAAAACAGAAGUACGGAAAGCGAAAACGGGAGACCGAGAAGAACCACAAGAAGCACAGUUAACAGAUACUUAUCGAAAAAUUAAAUUAUUGAUCGGAGCGUUUGCGGCGAGGAUUGCAGAGAAGGAACUUAACUACCGAGGGCUGUCGAGAUAUCGAUCCCAGCAUAGCGAAGGUCCCUACUUUCAAUAACAGGCCUACGCGGUACCGGAGUUGAUAGCAGCAAGUGCAGCUGAAUCAUUAUGGUGAGUAGUAGUAGUUCAAGGGAUUUGAAUUAUCAGUGAUCGUGGGUAUAGCAGUCUCAUAAGCUGUUUAUUGGAAUCAAUGCUACAAUCCACAUACGCUAUCCUGUGUGAGUUUUUAGCAUUUUAUCGGUGUUACAUCUGACCGCUUCAAGUGCCACUUUACUCAAUGAUCCAAAGAUCAAUGCAGUCGGUGUUUACCGACAGACAUAAUCAUUUGAUUGCCCUCCGAACUGCCCAUGAUUUAAUGAGCAAUCCACUUGAACUGGAAUCUCAAAUGGCGACCUGCACGUAACCUCACCAGACUACCCCCUGCCCCUCCGCAAUGAACACGAGCUACAAUUAACUCAACGAUAUUACACGCAUGCGCAAAGCUUUAACGACCGCCUCAACCACAACCGCUAGGUCGACUUCAUUAUCACCCAAAUCCGUAAUAAUCGGUCUCACUCGAUAAAAUUGAUUUCACACUCUGUCGGGUACAAGCCGACAACCACGACACCGCACCGCACCUUACCCAGUCUGAUCUAUUGGUCUCAAUCCGAACAAGUCAAUCACCGGUCAUAAUACCGGCGGAGCGUCUAUUAACUCAAUUUCGAGGAAAAUACCCUCUCUAACACGUGUGGCGGGACUUACACUGCAGCAGCGCACGUGCUGUUUGUUACACGGACCCUCCUAAUCCCCACGGGCCGCCGAGACCAAUUGGUUUCCAAUCCAUGAAGUCACGCAGCGCAGUCGGAGACACUACCUGUUUCUUAUAAUAGAACCCCAAUCAACUAACUGACGAUGGCAUGUGUCAUUCAUUCCGGCGGCAGGGUGUACUUUAUAUCACUUGCCAGUUGCUGCCGCCGGCCGCCGAGAUGCCUCCCGGUGUUGCGCGACCAGAGCGAUGACGUUUGGAUGUCUUCAUCUCUUCCGUUUGCUGGUUGGUCGGAUUGAGUGGACUGGGGGAUGCUGGAAAUACACUGAGCGAAAUGAGAAUGGCUUCAUACAAGUGUUCUUACAUUAUAUGGAAUCUGUUUUGCAUGUUCCAUCUUCUGUAUCUAUCUCCUUAUUACCUUAUUUUCUCUAUCUGCUCUAUCUAACUAUCAUCUGAUUUGUAUGCAGAAGGUCCCGGGUGCAAUCCCUGGCCCGUCCUUUACUCCUACUUGUGUCUUUCUAUCUAUUUUCUCUAUACUCUCCUCUCUAUAUAUACAACUCAUGUUGUGUAUCCAUAAGUUCAUAGCUAUCGCUAGAACCAGAGGCUCUACCCCAUUUGGCAUAAUACCGUUUGGUAUAAUGUCAUUUGGUAUAAAAUCCAUUUGGCAUAACAAUAAUUAUUCACAUUCUUACCAAGAAGGUUAGGUAGUGCAGCCUGGGCACUGUUGUACUUCUGACUUCAGCUAGAUUAAGGAGGUACGACUCGAGUGUCUGUUCACCAAGGAGGUGCGGCUCUAACAACGUCUGUUCUGGCAUCCAGCGGCUGAAUAAGAAACGCUGCACCACGCCCAGCUAGAUCCAAGGUGGUAGCCCCAUCAGUGUGGUUGUCCCAGUGUUGGUUGGGACGUUAAACAAAACUGGCACGAUGGCCCUCCGGCGAGACAGGAGUGUUGGCGUAGGCCCAAUAAGUCACCCGUAAAUAUCCCCAUUGCGAAUAACAUAGGAGAAAAUACAACUCGAUACAAUCGGCAAAGACCCACGCGACGAAAUAAGGACUACGAUUGGAAACUUGGAACAUGGAAUUGCAAGUCACUAGGUUUCGCAGGAUGUGACAGGAUAAUCUACGACGAACUACAUCCCCGCAACUUCGACAUCGUGGCGUUGCAGAAGCUUUGUUGGACUGGACAGAAAGUGUGGAAAAGCGGGCAUCGAGCGGCUACCUUCUACCAAAGCUGUGGCACCACCAAUGAACUGAGAACAGGAUUUAUGGUGUUGGGCAAGAUGCGACAACGUGUGAUCGGGUGGCAGCCGAUCAACGCAAGGAUGUGCAUGUUAAGAGUUAAGGGCCGUUUCUUCAACUGCAGCAUCAUCAACGUCCACUGCCCACACGAAGGGAGACCUGAUGACGAGAAAGAAGCGUUCUACGCGCAGUUACAGCAAACAUACGAUGGUUGCUCGCCGCGUGACGUGGAAAUCGUUGUCGGCGACAUGAACGCGCAGGUAGAAAGGGAGGAAAUGUACAGACCGGUAAUCGGGCGAAACAGCCUGCACGCCGUAUCAAAUGAUAACGGCCAGCGAUGCGUAAACAUUGCAGCCUCCCGUGGUAUGGUAGUCCGAAGCACCUUCUUCCCCCGCAAAGAUAUCCACAAAGCCACCUGGAGAUCACCCGACCAUCAAACAGAAAAUCAAAUCGACCACGUUCUAAUCGACGGUAAAUUCUUCUCGGAUAUAACCAAUGUCCGCACAUACCGCAGUGCGAAUAUAGAUUCGGAUCACUACUUAGUCGCUGUAUGCAUGCGCUCAAAACUUUCGACAGUUAUCACCACGCGUCCAAGUCGAACGCCGCGGCUCAACAUCGAGCAGCUGCGUAACGUAGAAAUGGCUCAAAACUACGCGCAGCAGUUAGUAGUGGCCCUACCAACCGGCUGUUCGAGUCCGUAUGAAGUUGAUCAUCAAUAUUAACUUCUUUUCUCGAUCAGCCUAGAUAGCUGUGUAGUGUCGGUAGCGAUUGUCUCAAUUGGCUAAGAAUAACACUACGGACCGCCUGUUCCGGUGGUAAGAAUCCACCAACAGGUGACCCCUAAUUCAUGGUGUGAUGCGGCUUUAUGCUUACCGUGCCUAGGAAUGAAUGGCUAGGGGGGUUUAAUAAAAAUCUAACCGCUAACGGAGCCUGUGGAGUACCAGGGCGCCCUCCACAGUAUGUAGCUCGCUAAACGGAGCAAUGGUGCAGUGGACCUUGUGUUUCUCCGAGUCAAUCAGCUGCCCUUCUUUAGUCUCACUUGAGGCUAAAUAAGGGCGGGAUUAUGAAGAUGUUGUUAAUUAGUUUAAAUUUUCACCUAUAUGGUUUCGCAUUAUGCGAUUUACACAGUGCAUUCUGUGCAACCUCGCCUUUGGCGUUUUCCAAUCGAUACCGAUUUGGUUUUAUUGUUGCUGUCAAGCAUGGGAAAACUCAUUCGCUCAUCCGAAUGCUAGCGAUGAAAAAUAACAAAAAGAACGCCAACAACCCAAUGCUGAGUGAGAGCACGGCGCACUAGGAACGAACGCAACACGAACGGCUCGCCAUCGACGCCACCGAAGCGAAUCAGGAGAGAAACAAAUAGAGUGCGAAAUAAAUCAGCUUGCAUCGGUGUAUACGACAAGAACGUUCGCUCUCUCAACUACCGAGUGGCAUUCAGCUGAUUGAAUCAAAACGCACUCACUGAUUCAAUUCCCAGUACUGAAUGCUUCCACUGAACGCCAAAUGAACGUUCCAAAAUGAAUGCUCUCGCACCCGACUCAGAACGCAAACAUUCGUUCAAUCUUGGUUCGUUCGCCUUCGACACUCAGAUUCGGUAGCGAUUCAUUCGGCCGUCGUUGCAUGCGUCGCUCGGUGCUCGGCGACUGGCAAGAAUAGGCAAUGAAAGUGGAAAGAUUUUGCUUGGCUGGGGGAGAAGCACACUCGCAUCAGAUUGUGCGUGGAUGUGAGUGAGGGAUACGCAAUAAAUUAAUGAUUUUUUCCCAUCCUUGGUUGCUGUUCUUUGUUGUGCUGUUGUUGCGAAGAGUUUAAUAUUACCUAGUUUGGGUAGUGGCUACGGUUAGGAUAGCUCAGAUCAAUCUUAAGCAUAAAAGAACAGCAACGAUCAAUCUUUGCAGACUUAUGCAAAAUGGUACAGCCCAAGUGGCCUUGGUACAAGAACCUUACUUUCGUAAGAGAAAUUUCUAUCUAGGAAACCUUGUGAACCCGGUGUUUGCCACUUUCAGUAAACAUGAAAUGACAAACUCGCGUGUCAUGCCACGAGCCUGUGUGCUUGUCAACAACGCAAUAGUUGCUACACUCAUCUCUGAACUAACCACCAGAGAUGUAUGUGCUAUCACAAUAGAUGUAUCUGUUGGAAACCUCAACAGGAAAUACGUCUAUUGUUCGGUGUUGAACCAUCCCCUACGGAUGCUUUCAAACAAGUCAUCGCAUACUGCACUUCAAAAGGCCUUCCGCUAAUUGUUGGCAGUGAUGCUAAUGCUCGCCAUAUCAUCUGGGGCAGCUCAGACAUUAACUUGAGAGGCUCCAGUUUGAUGGAGUACUUAAGUAGUACAGAUCUUGCAUUACUUAACAUAGGCAACCGCCCAACCUUCAUGGUAUCUGCUAGAGAGGAAGUGUUAGAUAUAACGCUUUGCUGUAGCAGAAUUAGUCACGAGCUGACCAAUUGGCAUGUGUCAGAUGAAGAAUCUUUAUCUGACCAUCGCUAUAUCUUUUUUGAACAUUUAAAUGUUACUUCGCAAACAUUGCGUUCCAGGAAUCCCCGGUCAACAAACUGGGAUCUUUUUACUGAUUUGGUUGCGGCCAAAUUUCAUCGAUACUCACCAUCCAUUGACACUCCAAGUGAUUUAGAUUAUGCCGUUGAUACUACAACGACCUUCAUCAUGGAAGCUUUUGAAGAAGCAUGCCCUCUACGGUCUGUGAAGAUCACAAGAGGAACCCCUUGGUGGAACUCUGAUCUGGCGAAACUCAGGAAACAAUGUAGAAAGAGUUGGAACAGACGACGUUUGGCUGGUUCAGAGGCUUUCAGGUCGGCUUGCAAGGCCUACAGGAAAGCUCUCCGGUCUGCUGAACGAUCCGGCUGGAAAAACCUUUGUACAAAUGUUUCCAGCUUGAGUGAAGUCAGUCGGUUAAACAAAAUCCUUGCGAAAUCUAAGGAUUUCCGGGUAAACGAACUUCGUUUGCCAAAUGGCGAUCUGACUUCCUCUGAUGAGGAAGUUCUGGAAUGCUUAUUCAGCACACACUUCCCUGGAUGUGUGGAUAUUACAUCUUCGGAUGAACCUGAUAUAUUUUCUUGCAGUUAUGAUUCUUUAGCUUCGGCUCGGAGUAUUCUAACUAUAGAAUCGAUUGAGUGGGCUCUUAAAAGCUUUGCUCCUUUCAAAUCUCCUGGGGCAGAUGGGAUUUAUCCUAUCUUGCUUCAGAAGGGAUUUGAUUAUUUCAAACAUGUUUUGAAAAACUACUUGUUUGCAGUUUUGCUACUGGGUAUAUUCCCAAAUCCUGGCGGGAUAUUACUGUAAAGAUGUUAAGUUGUAAAGUUUAUUCCGAAAGUGGGUCGUGCGUCGUAUGAAGAAGCAAAGAGUUUCAGACCUAUCAGUUUGACCUCUUUUCUUCUGAAAUGCUUAGAACGCAUUGUGGAUCAUCACAUCCGUGAUGUUCAUCUGGCCAACGUGUCUCUUCAUGUGAACCAACAUGCCUACCAAUCUGGUAAGUCCACUGUGACUCUUUUACACAAGGUUGUUUACGAUAUCGAGAAAGCAUUCGCUCAAAAGCAAUCCUGUUUGGGUGUUUUCCUAGAUAUCGAGGGUGCCUUUGACAACGUGCCUUUCGAUGCCAUAUUGGAAGCCGCACGGAGUCAUGGUAUAUCUCCAAUGAUUUCCAAUUGGAUUCACCAAAUGCUCAAAAACCGAUAUCUCUUGGGAUUAGGAAAUUGAGUGUUUGUGGAUGCCCCCAAGGGGGAAUCUUAUCACCACUUUUGUGGAAUCUCGUAGCAGAUACGCUAUUGAGGCAACUCAAUAAUAGCGGUUUUCCUACUUAUGGUUUUGCCGACGACUACCUAACAUUGUUAGUUGGUAUGUGCAUCAGCACCCUUUUCGACCUGAUGCAAAACGCCCUUCAGGUAGUUGAGGGUUGGUGUCGCCAAUAUGGCCUUUCGGUUAAUCCGAGUAAAACAUCUAUUGUUCUUUUCACGGAAAGGCGAAACCGUAAUGGCGUUCGACCUUUGCGUCUCUUUGAUUCUGAAAUCGAUGUGACUGAACAGGUAAAGUACGUUGGAGUCAUUCUUGAUUCCAAGCUUUCCUGGACACCUCACAUUGAGUUCAGAAUCAAGAAAGCUUGUAUGGCCUUCGGGCAAUGCCGGCGUACUUUUGGUACAACUUGGGGUCUAAAACCCAAGUAUAUCAAAUGGAUUUCCGCAACUGUGGUUCGGCCAAUAUUGGCUUGUGGAUGUCUUGUGUGGUGGAAAAAGGGUGAAGUGAGAACGGUCCAAUCAAAAUUAGGCCAUCUCCAAAAGAUGUGCUUAAUGGCGAUGUCUGGAGCGUUCUCUUCAACUCCUAUGGCAGCGCUAGAAGUUCUCUUUGACGUUGCCCCACUACACAUUCAUCUCAAACAAGAAGCACUUUCUUGCACUUACCGGUUACGGGUACUCGGUCUACUAGAGGAAACUCCUGUGAACCGCACAUCAACACACACCUCGUUGUUUCCACUUUUGGUGAAUUGGGACAAAAUUGUCCUUGCUCCAAGUGAUCUUACAAUUGCUUACGCAUGAGCCAUAAAUAAAUGAUUAAGUAAAAAUACAAUUGCUUGUAAUUUUCCAUAUAGGGCAUUUUCCGAGAUAUUCCCUUCCCGGGAAGACAUCUGGUUAUCUGGAAAGAAGUAUUUCAGAAGGCAUCGUAUGUUACACUGAUGGCUCCCUUCUCGAAGGUCGAGCAGGUGCUGGUGUUUAUUCUCGUGACCUAAGGCUAUAUCAGUCUAACUCACUUGGUAGACACUGCACCGUUUUUCAGGCCGAAAUCUUUGCUCUUAUGUGCGGAGUGCAUUCCGCACUUCAGCAGCACGUAAUGGGCAAAGUAAUAUACUUCUGUUCAGAUAGCCAGGCUGCUAUUAAAGCACUUGCUUCGGCCAACUCCAGGUCGAAGAUAGUUAUCGCUUGUCGAACUCAAAUCGAGGAGCUGAAUUCAGCAAACGCUGUUCACCUUGUAUGGGUACCUGGUCAUUCUUCCAUCGCUGGAAAUGAAUUGGCUGAUGAGUUAGCUCGCUCUGGAGCAUCACAUGACUUCAUUGGCCCUGAGCCAGCUAUUCCGAUAUCGAAGUGUUGGAUUAAGCUUCAGAUUCACACCUGGGCUGUCACUCAACACAGACAAUAUUGGAAUAGUUUGGAGUCAUGUCGUCAAACCAAAUUGUAUAGUGCUGAGCCAUCUCUACGGGUGGCAAAGUAUCUAACUAAUCUGUCUAAGCAGAAUUGCAGCAUGCUGGUCAAAGCAUUGACUGGCCACUGCCGACUCAGCUAUCACAUGGCGAAUAUUCAGCAAGCUGAUUCAUUUGCCUGUGAUAGCUGUGAAUCCGAUUAUGGAACUUCAUAUCAUUUGAUAUGUAACUGUCCAGUUUUCGCGCAACUGCGUUUCCGAGUAUUCGGAAAACACUUAUUAAGUGAAACUGACUUCAGAAACCUGAAUCUUCAGGAUAUUCUGUUGUUCUUAACCCGCUGUGGUAAAGAGCUAUAAGCUCUCUUUCGCUUUAUGCGUUAUUACAGUGCCCUUUUCAGGGCGCUGUUUGAACCCAUUGUGGUACGCUUGUGCAUAAGUACCCUCUUCCAUGGUAUUUUUCCUAUUCCCCUACCUGUCCCUAUCCCCAUCCAAAUCCUUUUUCCUUCCUUUUCCCUCAGGUAGAUGAUGAAAUAGGCUGUUAUUUUGGCGAUGGCACAAAUGUCCCAAAUGGAGGAUAACGUGCCUCUGGAGCUGGCCUUCUGAUACCUGAUACCUAGCAGUGGCCCUACCAACGGAAGAGCAGCUUGGCGCAGCUACACUUAAAGAAGGCUGAAGAGACGUCCGAUCCGCCAUAGGUAGUACCUCGGCUACAGCACUAGGUUUCGCGACUCCGAAUCACAGAAACGACUCCCAAGUAACAAUCAGCAUGCCUUGUAGGUUUAUUCAUGUAUUAUCCUGGUUUUAUACGAGCAUGUCAAAAAGCUAGUUGUUCUAAAUUAGUUUUAUGUGGUAGUUUUUUACUUUGAACCUUUGGCGUUCCAUAAAACUAUCAUAUAACUUCUGCUAUAAACAUCGUCAGUUGAAGCCUUGCAAGUAGUCAUAAAUUGGUUUUAUCACUUAUUAUAUACCAUUUCAAUAAAACUUGCAUUAGCGGUUGUUGUCGGAGAGAUUUUUUUGUGUAAACAAAUGCACAAAACUGUGAGGCAAUGCAUAAAACCUACAAAAGAUUUCGUGGCCGUAACAUAAACCAAAAAAAUGCUGUGAUAAAACCGCUAGUUCUAUCAUGAGCUCAGUUAUGACUACCUCAGGAGGGUUAGCCUCUCUCUCUCUCUCUUCUUGGCGUAACGUCCUCAUUGGGACAAAGCCUGCUUCUCAGCUUAGUGUUCUAUGAGCACUUCCACAGUUAUUAACUGAGAGCUUCCUCUGCCAAUGACCAUUUUGCAUGCGUAUAUCGUGUGGCAGGCAUGAAGAUACUCUAUGCCCAAGGAAGUCAAGGAAAUUUCCUUUACGAAAAGAUCCUGGACCGACCGGGAAUCGAACCCGUCACCCUCAGCAUGGUCAUGCUGAAUACCCGUGCGUUUACCGCCUCGGCUAUAUGGGCCCUAAGGAG